ACACGUUUCAGUGAACCCGAAAGUAAAAGUAGAAAUGGUCUGGAGAACAGACUAACUAUUAGUAUUAUAUCAAUAGGCAAACUUAAAAGGCUAGAGGCAUAAAACAAUGGGAAAGAAAGACGCCAGUGCUAACAGGGGAACGCCUGUUGAACAAUACAGAAAAGACAUAGGAAAACAUGACUACAAAAAGAGUAAAAAAGAAGUGAAGUCGAUGAAAGACAAAGCUGAUAUGAAAUCUUCGGCUCUAGGAAUAACGGAAAUAAUUAUGAUUCUGGCAGCAUUAUUCGCACUUGUUGUUGGAAUAUAUAUGUUUUUAUUCUGGCAGCUGUCUUGAAAUGAGGAACCAGCAAACUUGAUUUUAAGUGAUGGAUACUCAGACAUAUUUGUAGUUUGUUAACAUCAAAUCCUGGUGAUUGGUACAAAUAUCAUAUUUAAUGAAAUCCAAAACAUAGUGAAAAAUUCAAAUAUUUCUUAUUUAUUUUUUCUGAUUAUUUUUGGUUUGAGAAAUGUACAAAAUUUUCUAAGCCAUUAUUCAUUGAUCAAUUAUUAGGGUUGAUAUUUAUGUUUUUUUUUAUUUUGUUAACCUUGUGUUAAUCACUUUUUGUUAACAGUGAUCUACUUAAGAAUUGUACAUGUAUGUUUUUGUUUUGUGUAUGAGUACUAAAUAUAAUAUUUGUAUAGUAUUCAAAAUGCCCAUUGCAAAGAAUCUUUUACAAUGUGUGUCGUAUGUUGUUUGAUUUUAUCAUUUGAUUGUGGAACAUAUAUGUCACUUACAGACUUGAAGACCAAAAUUUCUACCUUGGAAUAACACUAUGCAGUAAAAUGUGAUAUAUUAAUAAACAAUUUGGUUUUUUU